AGGUGCACAAUAACUGCGGGCUGGGAGGAGGAAAAAUAAUAUAUACACUUUGAAAUAAAUUUACACACGGCGUGUGACAGCAUUGGAUUUAACUCCCGAAACCGCUGAGCCUCAGAUUCUCUCGGAAACGUCCUCAGGCUGGACUUUUAACGCGCUCGAGAGGACCUGAUCGCCGGAAUCAAGUCGUGGAACUUGCUGAAAAAAGCGCAGUUGAGCCUGCACGGAGCCGAAAGGAACCCACGGGCUUCGGGUUACGCCGAGCACCCUCGCUGCUGCUUCUUUUUUCUUUGCAAGACUCUUGCCGAAUCUAAAGAGGGCCUCUUGAUGAAUUAUGUCUACCACCAGUAUUGACCCACAGACAUCAAAAGGGCAAGACGCUAAGUAAGCUGGCUCU